GGCUCGGGCGAGUCUACAUCCGGUCGCAGCUCCCGGAGAGCAAGGGCAGAGGGAAGGACGCUACUGCUACCGUCACGCUUUCCACGGCCUUUACACCCCCCCCCUUUCAGUCGGCGCCCUGGGGAUAGAUGAACGGGAUUCCCUGCCGCCUCCGCCGCUGGCCCGCCGGGUAUGACCGGUGCCUCUUGUUUUUCUCCAGCCUCGGCCAUCCUCCGGGCUCCGGGAGCAUCGCCCGCUCCACCGGGUGGCGGCCUUGGUCAUCGAGAUUGGACAGCCCGAUGAACGUGUUUGACAGAAAGAUGAAACGGCGGCAGAAAAACUGGGCGUCCUCCCUCCCCGAAAGCGGAAAAUAUGAUUACCUGAAAGAGGAGGUUGGAAGCAGAGUUGUGGACCGUGUUUUUGAUAUUGUAAGAACUUUCCCCCUUGCAUUGGACAUUGGUUGUGGAAAAGGCUAUAUAGCAGAAAAUCUAAACAAGGAAACAGUUCAAACGCUGGUUCAAGUUGAUAUUGCAGAGAAUGUUUUGAAACAUCCAGUUGAGACUGAAAUUCCUACCUAUCGUGUCUUAGCAGAUGAAGAGUUUCUUCCCUUCAAGGAAAACACAUUUGACCUAAUUCUUAGCAGUUUAAGUUUGCAUUGGGUUAAUGACCUCCCUCGUGCAUUCAAACAGAUUCAUUCUUCCUUGAAAGCAGAUGGAGUGUUCGUUGGUGCCAUGUUGGGAGGGGAGACGCUGUAUGAACUUCGUUGCUCUCUACAGCUGGCAGAACUGGAGCGUGAAGGAGGAUUUGCACCCCACGUAUCACCAUUUACUGCUGUUACAGACUUGGGAAAUCUUUUGGCGCAAGCAGGAUUUACUAUGCUAACCGUGGACAUUGAUGAGAUCCUGGUCAAUUAUCCAGGAAUCUUUGAAGUAAUGGAGGACUUGCAAGGUAUGGGGGAGAGCAAUUGUGCUUGGUCCAGGAAACCUUUGUUGCACAGGGACACGAUGCUGGCAGCUGCAGCAGUUUACAAAGAAAUGUAUGGAAAUGAUGAUGGGUCGGUGCCAGCAACAUUUCAGAUUCUGUACAUGAUUGGCUGGAAACCCCAUGAGUCUCAGGCGAAGCCAGCACAGAGAGGCUCUGCUACAUUCUCAUUUGGUGAUUUAGGCAAUAUAUCCAAACUGAUGACAAAGAAGGAUAAAUAGAGCUUUAAAUAAUUGUAAACAAAACCUUUUAUAUUUAAAUAAGAACAGAAUGCCAAAUUUGGUCUGCAUAAAUAUAAACAAUAAAGAAUGUAUAUGGUCCUUUGCAAAGUGGAAUUUUAUUGCUUACUGGGUCUGGCUUUCUAUCCUGGCCAAGAUGGAGAGCAGCCUUUCGCCAAUAUUAUAAGAUACUAAGAAGUACAAUUGAGCAGCUUGUAUGACUUGUACUGUACUUAUUCAGUCAUCACCUUCCCUGAUAACAUGGCUGAGACCUGGAGUGUACCGGUUUGAGGGAAUUAAAGCCAUGUUAUUCCAGAAUAUGUUAUUUUGGGAUCGGAAAUAUGAAUGUAUAUUUUCAUGGGAUGAACUAGCAUGUUGCUACUUCAUACCUGGCUUUUGGCCUACAGUAAUUACAAUAAUAGAAGAACUUUAUGUUGCAGUAGGACCAUCUGCACAAUGAUUACUUAAUUUAAAAGACCUGAAAUUGAAUAUUUUAAAAUGAAUUAGAAGUACUGUAGGUACUCGAGUAAUAAUUAAACUUAAGAUUAAAUUAGAUUACUUACAGUGUGGAAACAGGCCCUUUGGCCCAACAAGUCCACACCGACCCGCCGAAGCGAAACCCACCCAUACCCCUACAUUUACUCCAUUACCUAACACUACGGGCAAUUUAGCAUGGCCAAUUCACCUGACCCGCACAUCUUUGGACUGUGGGAGGAAACCGGAGCACCCGGAGGAAACCCACGCAGACACGGGGAGAACGUGCAAACUCCACACAGUCAGUCGCCUGAGUCGGGAAUUGAACCCGGGUCUCAGGCGCUGUGAGACAGCAGUGCUAACCACUGUGCCACCGUGCCGCCCACGGUAAUUGACUAUUACAUGGAUACUCCUUUUGAGGGGCUGAAAUUCAAGCCUGUCAAAAUUCCAUACUGUAUCAUUAGUAGAAGCCCAACUGAUCUCUAAACAAAUCAUCUAGAAAAAAAAAAGAUAAUUCUGAAAACCCAGUGUGGAACACAACAGAGUCAGUAGACUGGAAGACCAGGAGCGGAGUGGUAUAACAGGCAGACUGGAAAGCUGGAGCAGGACAUGAUGGCCAGCACACUGACUCAUAAACUUUGAUCUGUUAUCUGUGAAUAACUAGGGUCGGCUUUUACAUGAGAUUGACUAUUACUCUAGUAUAUACAGUAAUGAUUAGUUGUUUUGUAGAAUGGUUGCGUACAGAAAUAGGUAGUUUACCUUGUUUAGUCCAACAAGUUAGGUGUUUCAACUUCAAGCCCUUACUCUGUAACCCUGUAUGUUUUUUCUCCCCCGACAAUUGCUUAUCCAAUUCCCUUUUGAAAACUACAAUUGAAUCUGCCUCCACCACAAUCUCAGGCAUUCCUGAUCCUAACCACUUGCUGAAUUAUAAGUUUAAUGCCACAUCACCUUUGUUUCCAUUCCCAAUUACUUUAAAACUGGUGGAAGGGCAAGAAGAACACACAGUUUCUUUCUAUCUACUUUGUCCACCCAAUCUCCUGACAGACUGAGUGAUUAACUGAGGCAUACAAAUGAGGAAAUCAGUCUCUGCUUUAAAUUGGCUGAAUUAAGUAAGAGUAGUGAUAAUGAUAGAGGAGAAAGUGAGGUCUGCAGAUGCUGGAGAUCAGAGCUGAAAAUGUGUUGCUGGAAAAGCGCAGCAGGUCAGGCAGCAUCCAAAGAGCAGGAGAUUCGAUGUUUCGGGCAUAAGCCCUUCUUCAGAUUCCUGCUUUUCCAGCAACACAUUUUCAGUGGUGAUAAUGAUCCCAAGAGUAGCUUCACCUUGUUGAUUUUUUUUUGGGAGGGGAAAAAUUAAUCAUGGCUAUGCUGUCCAUCACAACUCAGCAAUUCCUGCUGGAAUUGCACACAAAUGGUCAUUAGAUAAAUGUAAGUUUAGAUUUUGU